ACAGAGAACAGAUGUCUGGAAGUGAAAACUGACACCAGCGCCUCGUCGGUCCCGUGCAGCACCACUGCUUACCACCUAAUGUCGCUUUCAAAAACAUAAUUCAUUUUAUAGCCUAUCUGCACAUUUGGGGAGGUGUGCGCGGACGCAUGUGUGUUGAGCAGCUGGUCUCUGGUGUAAACCAAUGACACCACAAGAUGGAAAUCUGCUCUUGGCAAUAAAAAGCGUCGGCGAUUGGUUGAUAAUUUCUUACAUUUGGACUUAACAAAUGGAAGCGUGCGCAAGCACCCACGGUGUUCAACCAAUGAAUGUAAACGAAGCGGACCUUUGCUAAAGUGAUUCUCCAUGCAUCUCCGCGCGGUUGUGUCUCUAUUAGCUCGGUGGGAGCGCGCGGAACGGUGUUGGCAUCGAUAAGGAAAAUAUCUCUGUGCAGCCGUUUGAAUUUUGAGGAAUCGUUCUUGUCUCCUCCAUCGAGGCUGCUGCUACAGGCUUGUUGACGGCGCAACAUCAGGCAACAUGGUGACUGCCGUUUCCAAAGGCUCUUCAUCAAACUGCCCGUCUGAGUACAACCAGCGCCACGCAGUGAGAAUCGGAGGCUGGUGAAGCUGGAGGCUUGGCUCUGAGCUCUGGUGGUGGUGGUGGAGAGAGAAAGAGGGAGAAGGGGAGAGAGAUCACCAGUGGAGGAAGGGCGGCGGGGGGAUGGGAACAACCUGGCCCCCAGAGAAGAGGCUUCGUUGAGGGACAUGAGGAAAAGCUCAGUCCUGCGAGACCCUCUCUGAAUUGGAGGAGCGGACCUCUGUUUGACUGGACUGACUUGAGUUGAGUCCGCCACUCGGCUCUUUGCUUGCUGUUUUUUUUUUUACUUCCUGACCAAGUGUGAAAUUUGUGCCAAACAGGAGGGAAAAAAAACAGACAAAGAAAAAAAGAGAAGGAGAGAAUAUCAGACUGACCCAGAAAGUCAUUUUUAGUACAAUUUAACCUAUAUGGGAGGAAUUAAAAAAGAAAGAGUGUUGAUACAGAUUUCUACUCGAAAUAUUAACUUCACGACAAAAGACUCUUUUAUUUCAACUUUCUUUCAAAGUUAUUAAGCUUUCCUAGUCCAUUUUGCUUAAGUCACACUUUUGAUGUGCCAUUUUCAAGACAAGUCAUAAAGUUUACAAUUUUGUAAGGCUUGUACUGAUUGCUGCUCUUAGAAGAGCGUUGUUGUGAAAGAUCAGUGCAUUCGAGGUUAAAGUGCUUUACGUCAGGAGCCCUGCAUGGCUGUGUGGAUGGAUUAGCAGUGUACUGGCACAAAUGAGGUAACUGGGAAGGUAAAACAAGCCUCAACAUUGAUGACCAAGAGUGACCUGCUGCUAAUGGCUGUUUAAGUAUUGUGUGUCUUGGGUCUGUCUGUCCUCUGGUCAACGUGCUUCCCCCCUCCCUGAGAACGUCCUGUCCUCAUUUAGGUACCAUUAGCUUGGGAGCGAGAGCCUUCCAGAAGCAUCCGAACCCCAUUUUUUGUCUGUGUGCAAUUGGACAGAUGAAAGCCAUAAUAUAUGAACUUUUCUAAGGCUUAGAUAGAUUGCUUUUUUAUCCCGCGAAAACGCAUCAAAUAUCAUUGCCAGGUGCAUUUAUGUGUUCAGGGAUCCCUGUAAAAAUGCUGAUUUGAGAUGCACAUGUUUUCCAUCUUAAUAUUGCGACAUCUGUCACCACAAUAUUUUUAAAAAGUAGAGGGUAGAUAUUGUUUAGGAAAACUGAGGACUGUGAAAAGUUGUUCCUCUAUCUCAGUGGUCCAUACACAGGUCCAGUUUAGUACUUUGGAGCCCAAGGUUGAAGUUUGUACUGAAAGUGAAAAAAAAACCUUGUGUGCUUUGUGUUGCUUGAGAUAUAUAUCCCAGAGUGACGGAUGAAUCCCAACCCGUUCAUGGGUUUUUUGUGGACAGAACCGUGCUGUCCUGCCAGAGACGGGCCCAAGCCCACUUUCGUCUUGUUCUGCUGGGCCGAGUUGAGUCCAGAACAGAGACACUCGUGUAAGGGGGUCACUCACACAUAGAACCCUAAAUUUCGACGCCCACCUUCCCCCAUGCCUCCAGACACACUCUAAAGUCUGCAGCCCUUUCUUACACUGCUUGUUUUAUUCGUCAAAAAGCACCUCCUCGUUUAGGUUGCUCUAAGCCUUCGUGACAAGUCUUGUGCUGCCCCUUUGAACUGUUUUGAAUUGAACUCACAGCUUUUUGCUUGAUUGCCGACCAAGGCAUAAAUAUUGCUCGUGUCACCUUAUUAUUUGUUUUAUGAAGAAAACUUUCCUACCACAACUUAUAUCCUUUAACCUUAUGAUAGUUGGAAGUUAUUUACUUAUUUGGCGAUUGUGACUCCUUGCAUGCUGUUUGAUUUAUCGAUACUAGUCACACUCCUGCAGAGAUUUGUUUGUUGAUGUUGAUAAUCAACACUGCCAAAUAUUAGUCGAAACAUAAACCCUCUCAAUAUUUGUUUACAAGAUGACAGCAGCCCUCACAGCUGUCAGCAAAAUAGUUUACAACUCAGAGAAGAGCAGAGAAGUCAUUUGAUUUCUAUUUUGACACUUGACAGAAAUGCUUGUAGGUCAGGUGGCUGUGUUGAGAAACUGAAGUGCCAGUUGGUGUGAUUUGACCUGCAACAUGGUUAUGUAGAGGCUACUUGCAGACAAUGUUUUAGAAAGUUUACAACUCUGAGAAAAAUGUUUGCAGCCAACAUUUUUCCUACAAAGAGAAUCAUUUUUUGGGCCAUGAGUAGUUGCAAACCUGAGUUCAGGUUCUGAACAGAAACACCUUUAAUUGUGUUGCCUAUUUCUCUCGUCUUCAGUAGUGAUCCUUUUUUUAAAGUUUACAGUGGUUGCAUAUUUGUUCUGUUUACAGGACAGCGCUGUCCACCUCAAAGACGUCAGAGUUGAAUACAUGCAGAGAGUACCUGUUUACGCUGUAUAUUUCUCUGACCACCUCUACCAUCAGAUCCUUUAUUUGAAUUUGGAUUUCUACUUCUAGUAUCAACGAAAUAAGUGUUCGCUAGUGCACAUUUUAUGUAAGAGACAAAAUAUCCUCUGUGUUUACAUUGCUAACUGCUAACUAUCAGAGAUUUUCAUUAAGGAUGGGAGAAACAUGUUUACACUAAGAUGUGACUAUAUGAUAUGCCAUAAUACAUGCUUUUUGCUUGAAUAUAAAACAGCUUAGAACUCGCAUACUAAAGAGUUUGCAUACUUAUGUAUGCAUAAUUAACUUUGAGGAGAGAUAAAGGCUUUAGAUUGUCAUACUGACAUCCCGUUUUUGUUUUAAGAAGAUAAACUGCCUCAAAGACGUUCCUCCUUGCAUUUCUUUACAAUUCAGCUGCUGUGUUUGUAAAACUAAAGGUUUAAAGGCCUCUGCAUUUCAAAAGUUGUUUCCCCCGUGGACAAUGAGGCCAGCCCUUUCUUCAGCCAUGCCAGCAGCUCUCGCUCUGUUGUGUGCCCUGAUGCUCGGCGUUGCCACGGCAACCGUGACUCUGACCUCAGAGCGUCGCCUGACAGCUAACGGGAGCCCCAUGCUGGUGCUGCUACAGGGCCUCGGCAGCAAGCCCCCUCCCCUCCCUCCAUCCCCUGUCAAUCCUGGCCGGGCCAAGGAGGCAGCCGCCAUGGCGAUGGAGCCUAAGAGUUUGGAGAUCCUUCCCAAGCCCCUCCCGCAGAUCAUGCCCCGCAACCUGACGGAUGCCAUGAAGCCCCCCCUGGCGCCCGCUCAGGUGGCCCCCCCGGAGAAGCUGGUCAACAUGGACAUGUGCCGGGGCUACUAUGACGUCAUGGGCCAAUUAGACGUUACCUUCAACUGCUCCAGGGGCACCUUCAUCUACUGCUGCGGCACCUGCCACUACCGCUUUUGCUGCGAGCACUCGCGCAACCGGCUGGACCAGGACUCCUGUACCAAUUACAACACACCCGACUGGGCCGACACGCACAUCUCUACCACCCCGCCCUCCGGCUGGGGGGCCGGCCCGACCUUCGACCCCGUGCAACAGCAGAGCAACACGGCGUAUGUGAUCGGAGGCGUGCUCUCCUUCACGCUGGCUUUGGCCGUGGGCCUCAAGGUGGCCUUCCACAAGGUGUCCCGGCGGCCACAUAACAGGGAGAUUAACAUGCCCAGGGCUCUGGUGGACAUCCUGCGGCACCAGUCCAGUCCUGUCCAGCAGGGGGAGCGUAACAACAGCACCAGCCUCACCAGUGGCGAAGGCAAGCUUGGGCACCCACCCAAGAAGCUUUACACACCUGCGCUGCCGAGCAAGGACAACCGGCUUGGAAACGUCCAACACAAUUUAGACGUAUCUGGGUCCAGCCCCAAACAUACGGCUACUAUUGAGCGUGCGCCUCGCAUGAACAAAGUCCAGCUGGCCCCCACGGGCACGCUGCUGUCCAGCAAGCACAUCGGGGGCAGGCCGCCCUCUUCCCUCUCGCACUCCUACCACAACCUGGCUCAGCUGCCCCCAUCCUACGACGUGGCCAUGAGGCCCGAGCUAAGCCGUUACAGCUCCCUCAAGAGGCUUGAGAAAGAUCUGGAAGACUACCCGGGCUACUAUACCUCUAAAAGACGGCCUAACAACGCACCCCCAUCCUUUCACUCCUCUCAGCACCAUCUGCACUGGGGAGGCGACAACACCCUAGGAGCCCGAGGCACGCUGCCCCUCCACACCUCCCGCUCCCACAUCCACCUACCGGCCACACCCAACCCAUACCCCCUGCCCCCCUCCCAAUCGGCCUACCAUCCCGGUAUGGAGCCGCUGUCCCAUCCCCCACGCCGAGUCAUGUCCCAAGAUCAGCUGCUGGCGCUGGGGGAGGGCAACACCCUAUCCCGUCUGUCCAAGAACCAGCAGCACCAGUACUACAAAGCCAUGACCACCAGCAAGAGCUCCACCGCCACCACUCUGCGCAGGUCCCACGAGCGCCUCCUGGUGUCACCCGACCGGCUAGAGGAGCGGGCCAGGGCAGAUUUCGGCAUGCCCCCGACCAUGCCGUGCCUCACCAGCCACCAUAAGGCCCAGUCACAGCAGAACGUGUGCGCCACACCCUCCUUGGACCGCCACCACAUGAUCAAGAUGAACUCCCACCCUUCCUCCGGUCGCGAUAUGGAGCGAAGCCACCCUGGAGGGACCAUGGGCUGGGCCGAUAGUGGGCAUAGCUCUGGGGGAGGGGGGGGCACUCUGGGUCACAAUGCCAGGCGGAUGGCCUUCGCCACCAAGCGGCAGAACACCAUCGAACAGCUCCACUAUAUCCCUGUGGUGGGUGGCGGGGGAAGUGCCGGGCAGUCACUCAGAACAGGGAGUAAAAAUGAAGUAACCGUGUGAGAGAGAAAGAGAAAGGCACACAGAGAAUGAGGAUUGAUUUCAGAAUGUUAACUUUUUUCAAAACAAAAGAGGAUGGGCUGUGAAUAUGCUUGACUCAAGUGAGGAAAGGGUGACAGGGAGAGGUGAAGGCUGAAUCGAAUAGAUGAGAAAGGAAAGAGUGCAGCUCUAACUUGUUUGAAGGAUGAGAGUGAUAGAGACAGUCGGAGGGUCAGAGGGCCUCUCUUUGAAAAAAAGAUCAGUGAGGACGAAAGAGAUUCCUUGUCCCACCUUUUCCUCACUACCCACGUUCGGGACCCACCCAAAUAGGAGAAGUUUAUGAAUUUCACUGAGAUAACUAACCCUAGGCCAUAGAUUUUCUCCUUGUAGCCUAUGUAUAAUAAGCAUAUGAAACUACUAUGAAACCUACGAGUUAUGAAGAGGGAUGCAAUGAAGCUCCCAGAUUUGACAAAAUGAUGGUUAUGUAAAAGGAAGUGGAAUAAAUCAUCCAUUUGGUGAUAUCCAUUGUGUUAUUUGUGGAACCCAGUGGUUUUUUGAGUAAAUAAUCAUGACACUGUUGUCUGGCAUAGCAAAAACAUGCAGUUUAAUCUGAAGUUUUGCUUUGUUCCAGAGGAUCCUCUGAAUAUUAACAACAGCGUGAUUCAUAGCCUUUAUGGAAUUGUCUGCCAGCUGAAAAGAUGCAUAAUUGGCUUGCAAUGAGAUGAUGUAAACACUCACCAAGACCCAACAACUUGUAAUCAAUAGCAAAAGCCCUAUGAUACAGGUGCUUUCUUUGAAUAGAUGAAGAAGAGACCGCAAAGUUGAAUUGUUAGUCAGUCCAUUCCUGGCAUGUAACUGAAUAAUGGCAUAAAUGUACCCACGGCAUUUUUCAUCACAGCUCUAACCAAGUUUGUUUAAUACAAAUCACUUGGUAAAAGAAGAAGUCAAUUUUUUAUAGGACUUGAGCUGCCCUUUUCCUGACAAUGUCUAGCACAGUUUUUGCCAGUGCUUUGGUGUUCAAUUUGUGAUUCCAUAUAGCCCUGCUUUAUUAUAAUGGUAGCAUGGAAAUACCAGCUCUCAUUGGAUUAUUCAGAAGUAAGCUCCCCGGGUGGAAAUAUUUAGAGUGCCCUUGUCUGGACAUACAUUAAGGAAUACAGGACCAGAGACAAACACAUAGCAUUCGAGGGGGUGUGCUUUCUGUAGUGUAGUGACUUGUUCAGGGCUUAGCUUGGUGUGUGUUUUCAUUGGAUGUGCAGUGGGGAGGAGAUGCAGUGGGCUUUUCAGAUGCACUGCUGAGCUGGAGUGGCCCUGCGGAGGCUGUGGCUGGUCAUGUCUGAUAUGCCUGAUCUGGUCAGGUGCUGGGGCAUAAAAGCAGAUAUGUCAAAGUCACCAUGUCCUCAACAACAUGAGAACUCUGUGCAGGGGAGGGGCUACGUGUGUAUCUGUGCGUGAGUGUGUUUGUCUGUCUGAUGGACUCUUUUACUCCAAGGGCUACUCUAAAGUCUCUGUAUAUGUGUAUGUCCGUAUACUUCAUGUUAUGCCCUCUAUUUGUUUGCAAUGUCACAAUUUAUGAUGUGUCAUGGUAAAAGGUUAUGUAUUCACCUUUCCAUGAGCCUAUAAAAGAGGGUGAUAAACCAAACAAAUUCUGCAAAGCUUCUUUAUUGUGGUCCUGUGAUUUUGAACUUCAAUUAUAGAGAUACCCUUUCUAUGUUGUGUACAUGCCUGGGAGAGAAACGAGUGUGGUCUCACAUUUUUCUGUAUAUCUGACUCUACAAAUGUUUUUCAUUCAUUUAUCAUUUAUAUUUUGUCAUCAGAUGGCAGGAACUUCCCAGUUAACCUGGAACUGUUUUUAACAAUGUUAUCUGAAGAGUAAAGCCAAUACUGACUGUUUCCUGGCUUUCCACACAAGAAAUAUCUUAGGUUAAGUGUUGGAGUUUAGUGUUUAUUACUGUAUUAGACCAAGUUCUGAAACACAUGGAUUAUAAAUGCUGAUGAUUUAUGUUGAUAGCCUAUACAGUCAUGGUUAUGCUUCCUAUGGAUUCUAGUUCAUUAUUAUUAAUACCAUAAUUCUUGAUUAUCCUGUUUUUUUUUUGUUUUUUUUGUCUGUAGUUUCAUUGGUGUUCCCUACAUUCUGAAUAUUCAGUUUAAGUGGAUUUUAACAUUUGUAUGUUGACUUAAAAAAUGCAGAUGCAGUCUUGAAAAGACAAAACAGCAUGUGAAGAUGUCAAAGACAGUGUUGACAUAGUGCUGACUUAAGAUGUCAUGGUGUGUAUGUGUCCUGUGCGUGCAUCUGUGUUUGUGUGCCUGUGUGUAUUCCUGUGUCUGUUUCAAGAGAGCUGAAUCUCAUCUGAUCUGACAGCUUUGUUGCGGCUUCAGAUAAAUUUGCUUUUUAGGAAAAGUAUGUUAAAAAUAAUUGAUUUCUCUGUUAGGUAGCUUCUUGAUUUCAGGACUCCCAACUUUAUUGAGAAGAAAUGUAUUGACAAGUUUUCACAGGAUAAACCACCCUGUAGUUGUGAGUCAACUGAAACUCGAUGUUUAAACAGUUUUAAUAUGUUUCAGUAGAGGCAAAUGAUAAUGAUAUGACGACCACAUUUUGAGGGAUAAAAAUCGUAUUUAUUGUGAUAUUUACACUUUUUGUGCUAUCCUGCAUUGGAAAAGGUGUACUAGAAAUCCAAUCUCAUUUUACAAUGAGAAGCUAUUUUGAAAUCUUUUUUAAAACAAACAUUUUGGGCAGAAAAGCUGAAAGCAGACAAUGUUUCAGAGUAUGAAGGUCCAGUCAUUUUUAAAGAUAUAAUAAUCUCUUGGGUUUGAAGAGAGAUAGCCUAUUGUUAUUGUGUAGCUAUAUUAAGUUGCUUAUACUGAACCCUGGCUUUGUGUGCCUGUUAAUGUCAGGGAAGUCUAUAAUUGUGUGUAUGUGUGACUGAGUGACUGCAUACUCUAAUGAGUGCCAAAGUUACAUAUUUUGUGAGUGGCUUAGGCUGCCCUCAAAAAGGCCUACCUUGUUUUUUCCCAUGAUGAGUUUGCAGCAUGGCAUUUUGAUAAAGACUGAACUACAAAUCUUUGAAAUUAAGGGCUUAACUGGCCCUGGGAGAGUGAGACGUAUGUAUUAAUCUGCAUACCUCUGAAAUUUGUGUAUUUGUUACAGAAUAAGAUAAUCCCAAUUUCUUUGUUUCGACAAAUUGAAAUAAUUCCAGUUAUCAGUGGUAUCCUACAUUUGUAGAAUAAUGUUAUUAAUGAUAACAACAACAACAAUAAUAAUAAAAAAAAUACAACGA